AUGAAUUAUACCCUACCAAUAAUACAAUGGAUCACUCAUUUAAGUUUAGUUCAUGUUGCUAUACCCGUUAUCUACAAUAUUUGCAUCGACUAUGUCCCUGCACAAGCCCAAGUCGCCCAAAAUGGAAUUUCAAUUGUUCUGUUAAAACUUCUAGAAACCGGGAAACUGAAGGGCAGCGCGUUAUUAGGAGUCACUUACGAGCUCCUGGAAAUGGCGAGUGAGCAAAGCCAAUCUAUCGAUACCACUCCCGAUGACUUGCUGCCUCUUAUAAUACAUGCUGUAUCGAGCUCCGAAUCUCACGGAGAGGGUUACGGUUGCUUAUUGAACGCUCUUAAUGGAUACCUUCAGAAGGGUAAGUUCCAGCAGCUCAGCAUUAUAAAUGGACAUGUUGAAGAGCUCCUUUCAAUCUUUCUGGAUACCUUUAAAGGUGAAGAUUCGAUUAUGGGACCCCUGCGGCUCAAACUCAAUCAUUCUCUGGCCGAUAUCUCUGCUCUUGCCGCAUAUCCAAAAUAUUACCCUUUGCGCUGCUCGGUGACUGAGACCCUGAUAUCAUGGCUAAGCAGUGAAAAGGAUGACCUCAAGAUAUGUGGCUGCAUCAUCCUUGGUAACGUUGCUCGAGACGAUGAAGUCUGCAAAUCAAUGUUACAUGAUUUUAAGGUUCACUUGCCGCUGAUUUCUAUGCUACAGCGUGAGGACUCGAAGGCGACUGUCCUUCAUUGUUCUCUAGGGUUUUUGAAAAAUUUAGCUAUAGCUGGAGACAACCGUGAAUGCCUUGGAGAGGCUGGUGUUAUCAAAGCUGUCUCUCGACUCUGGGCAAUCGACACAUUGCCUCAUGCACAGCUUAUGGCAGCAAGCCUGACUCGUCAAACAAUAUUAACGUCAGUCACCAAUAUAACCCGGUUGUUGGAACCGAUUUCCUCGGACUCGGACUCACCUGCCAGCCGCCGUACUUAUCUUUCUCUGCUCCUUGCUUUGUUUGGCAAGACAGACUCUUCCCCUAUCAAGACAGAGAUUGGACGUACUAUAGCAGCUAUUUGUCGUACGCUCAUGCGACUCAAGGAAAAUUCUGAACUACCACCUGGGACUGAGGAGUUGGUUACUCGGUUAUUUGAAUUACAUAAGGAUGUUGCACGCCCUAUUGGUAUUAUGAUAACUCAAACGGAGUGGCCCAUUGUUCAGAGCGAAGGUUGGUUUGCUCUUGCUUUAAUAGCAUCUCAUCCGGCCGGCUCUCAGGCUGUAAUCGAUUGCCUUGAGAGCAUGUGUGUUAUCCAAAGUCUAUGCGAUACCAUACGCACCCCGAUUUCACGCCCAGAACCCGGAGAACCAGCCAAGGAUAAGACAGAUCGCUUGAAAAAGACGAAGGAUAGGGAAAAUGCCCUGUUCUUACUUCAUGGCUUAAUGAGGAAUAAUGCUGCAUCUGAACUUCCGGAGUCUCUUCGUGACAUGUUUGAGGACCUGCUGCGUGAGGCAGGUCAUGAACCUCCGAAAUCAUGA